AUGGAGAAACUGACAUGGGGUUUUUCAUCAAGGGAAGGUACUAAUUCGAGCUUCGACAAAGAUUGCAUCUAUGGUUUCUCAUGGCCUCAAAGGAACUACAGAUGCAGCUUCUGCAAGAGGGAGUUCAAGUCUGCACAAGCACUUGGUGGACACAUGAAUGUGCACAGAAGAGAUAGGGCAAGAAUGAGACUCUCACCAUCAUGGGAUUCUCCCAAUCUUAAUUCCAAUCCCAACCCUAACCCUAACCCUAACCCUAACCCUAACCCUAACCUUAAUUUUUCUUCCUCAAAGCUCCCUCUGGUAUUCCAGUCAUCUCUCAGCACCACUGCUGCACCCUCUCCUCCACCUCCAUAUCAGAAAAAGCUACGACCGGUGGAUCGCCCCCAGGCCGAACUCAUCGAAAGGGGGAAGAAGAACAAAGGAUCAGCAGUGGUGGAGCUCACAGGCAGUUUCACAAGAAGGAAGGAUGCUGCUAGGGUUUGGAAAGCCAGUGAGUUUGUUAGGUUGGAUUUGAAUUUGGGAUUGAUUCAAGAUGCAAAUGAUGAACUUGAUUUGGAACUUAGGCUUGGAUGUUCUUGA